AUGGCUUCACCCGCUAAACUGAGUGCGAAUGGCAGCGCCUCCCAAGCAGAUGGGCAGAAAGAUGCCACCAAAUCGCGGGCGCCACGCCGGCGUCGACCUAAUUACAAACACAUACACCGCUUCCCAUUACCUUUAACCGUCCAUCCUCUGCCACCUUUGAUACCCCAUAACCCUUUGUCACUCAUUAGCAUUGCUCUUUCUUACCUUACAUACCUCAUUUCUCCACCCAAACAUGAAAUUUAUAAAGCAUAUUUCGAUGCUCCCACUUCCUCUGUUCAUGUCACGGAUCCAAAAACCAUUCGUGCUCUAUGGGAAAUGGGCUUCUUUGGUAAAGGAAAUCUAAGUAGGAGCGAGCCGACAUGGCUGGAUCGUGAAAAGAAGCGGAAAGGCUUGCUAGGAGUAGAUACUAGCGAGGAGGCUACGGGAAACAGAAGAAUGGAGCGUCGAGAGUGGAAGCUCGAACGAGCCCGAAAAGAGAAAGAAGCGGUCGCUGAGCAGCUCCGCGCUGAGGCUGCCGGUCUUCAUGGAGAAGGCCAUAACGCGGAGCAUAACGCGGAGCAAUCGCCUAGCACUAUGACAUCGCCAGACAUUCGUGCCCAUGAGUCUAUCGAACACAGACUUAAUGCUGUCUCGGGCUUGGCGCCAUUGCUAGUCUCGGAAUCUGUCAACAGAGAGGAUAAGAAGCCGGCUGGCCAUGGGACCAAAAUUGUACGCUUCUCAUCAGUAGUAGAUACUAGAAAGUAUGAGAAAGAAGCAAUUUUGGGGGAACCGUCAAAGCUUGCAGAAGUCGAUUCCUCGCAAAUCAUAGACGAGGAACAUCUUCAGUUGUCCAAUGAGGAAGCCUUUUUCCUUGUCUACGGCCUUGGGGUACUCCAGGUCUACGAAUCUAAUAUGAAGUCUGCUAUCUCCACUCCCCAACUUUUAUCCUUGUUUCGCCGUCAUUCCUAUUUUCCACCACGAGAUGAGUUCCUGCCGCUUGAGCCAGACGACCGGUUCAUUGUCUCUUACGUUGCAUACCAUCACUUUCGCUCUCUCGGAUGGGUGGUGCGUUCAGGGGUCAAAUUCGGCGUUGACCUGCUCCUUUACAAUCGAGGCCCCGUUUUCUCCCACGCGGAAUUCGCGGUGGUCCUAUUACCCGCAUACGAACAUCCAUACUGGAGUGAGACCGAAGAAAGGCGGGCAGCGGUCACGAAGAAGUGCAGGCAUACCUGGUGGUGGUUCCACUGUGUGAACAGGGUGCAAGCCCAAGUCAAAAAGACUCUAGUAUUAUGCUAUGUGGAAAUACCACCUCCUGCACCGGAGACAGAGGAAGAUGGCGGUGAACUUGAUAUUGGAGCCUUACUUGAAAGAUAUGCCGUCCGCGAGGUGACGAUAAGGCGCUGGGUCCCCAAUCGGAGUAGGGAUUGA